AUGACCCCAAGCCCUAGCGAGUGCAGCUUGUCAGACCUUGAAUCAAGCCUCAAAAGCCUCAGCCUAGCCUCCGAACCAAAUGACCAGCCAUCGAUCAGCCGUGGCUUAGCCUCCGACUCAGAUGAUGAGCCUCUGAUCAACAGAGCUUUUGUGGCUCCCAAUACCAGGUCAAGCAAUAUCUCUUUGCUGGAUCGCAAAGAUGCUCAAGGCCCCAAGAAAAAAAGGAUCCGCAAGAAAACUGCUGCUAUGAAGGCUUAUCAUCAAAAAAAGGCUCAACAGAAAAGACCAGGGAGGCGAACCCGUAGGAAGCGUAAGGGAGUGAGAUCCCAACUCAGCUCAACCCCACUAUCUGGACCACUCUGCAAGACGUCCCGGUCUGCGGAACCUUGUGACCUAUUCCCGCAAAUAACUUCAGAAUAUCGACAAAUGAAAGAAGAGCGUCGACUUGCUCAAGAGUAUUUUAAAGCACACGGAGGAUCGGAGCCAUCGAAAAAGACAAUUUACAAGCGAAAACCAACCCCCCAGGAAAUCCAAGAUGCCUACGCCUAUGUCAACAACAAGGAAACAUUUCAGCUUUACGAUUAUGGUCACAUUCGCGCCUUUGAUCCCGAAAACCAGGAUCAGCUCAUAGCCGACAUCCACUUUACCGAUCUGCAAACUAUUAGCGAGACCAAAAAGGCGGAUCUAGAAUUUUUAUGCUUGUUUCUCCAUGAGGCCAAACGGUUCGUUAACCCUGUUAGGUCUCCUGGUCGAUCCUGUGGGGGCUGUAUGUGGGCUAUUGGCUGGAGGAAGUCAAUGGCUAAGCUCGAAAUUCUGGGAAUUUAUCAAAAUAAGAAGGCAAUUGAUGCACAUCCUGAACUAUACGCAAAGCAUACCAACGAUUCAACUCGUGCCGGGCAAAUCCUGUGGAGCAUCUUUCAUCCGCUUGCAAAUGUUGCUGUUGAAGCCAACCAACAAUUUAUGAUUGACCACAACAUUCCAGCUUUCUUUGAUCGGGCCUUUCCCAAUGAGAAAAAUGCUUCCCCCGACUCAUUCUUUUCCUCCAACUUGACGUUCACAUGGAACGGAUUUUUCAAUCAUCCUCACGUUGACGACAAAGACGAACCAUCCCUUCCAUUUGCCUUCCUCCUAUCUCUCCCAAUCUGCAAGAAAACUGGACGGCUAGCCUUUGAAUCCGAUGGCUACGAUGUGGAAGAAGGUCCAUUUAUUUUCCCCGAGUUGGGCUUUGGCUAA